CGCGCGCGCGCAAGGUCAACCGGCAGUCCCCAAACUGACGUCUUUCUCACCACCCUCUCUCUCUUAGAUUUAUAUCAUUAACGGCACCUCCCGUAUCGUUAGCCUACCAUGUCUGAGAGCUUCAACGAAGACAUCAUCGAGGACUCUCCCGCCGCUCCCUCUGGCGAUGUCGAGAUGACCGAGAGUGGUGCUGUUGCCGAGGGCGCCAGCGCGGAGGACGCGCCCGCCAACAAGGACGAGCUCCCCUUUGCUGAGGAGUCGGCCGAUUCGCCCCCGCCUCCUCGCGUCACCUUUUUGCAGUACCUUUCGAGCCCCAUCGUCACCUUGAUCGUCGGCACCGGAGACCAGGAGACCGUCCUCACGGCUCAUCAGUCCCUCCUCGUCCAGAGCCCCUGGUUCGCCGAGGCCUGCGCCGACUUUACCGAUGAUGGCAGCCCCCGCCAGAUCGAGCUCCCUAACGACGACAUCGACGCCAUGGGCUGCUUCCUCGAGUUUUUGUAUACGGGCGACUACUUCCCCAAAAAGGUUCCCGGCCAGCGCGCGCUCGAGAAGGACCCGUCGAUCCCCGAGGUCGACCUGACGGGCGAGCAGCUGCUCAAGCACGCGCGCGUCUACACGAUUGCCGAGAAGUUCGGCCUCACCAACCUCAAGAACCUGGCCUCGUCCAAGAUCCACUGCGUCAACUCGACAGCCAAGGGCGAGAUUGCGUACGCGCGCUACGUGUACGAGUUCACGUCCAAGGACGACACCACCAUUCGCGCGCCCGUGGCCAACUUUUGGGCGACGCGGUCGCAUACCCUCCGCGCCGAGGCCGAGGACGAGUUCAGGAACUUGUGCUUGGAGUUUCCCCAGUUCGGUUACGAUGUGCUUACCCGCGUCCUCGACGAGAAGCUCAAGCGCGAGCGCAACGAAAAGAUGCACCCUGGUACUGGCAGCGCUCGCAAGCGCCCCAGACACAGCAGCCAGGCUUAAGCAGCGGCGGCGACGACGUCUGUUGUUUGAAGCGUGGGAUCUACUAUCGAGAUCAUCAUCAGCCAAGUGGUGGAGGAUAUCAUUUGAUGGGAGGACAACGCGUAGGAGAGAACAUGGAGGACGAGGACGGGAAAAAAAAGAAAACCGAAAUGGUUUGGUUUAUCAUCACAACACACAGACAGACAGACAGACAGACAGACACACACGAAACGAAGUUUGGUUGCCGCGACAAAGGAA